AAGUCUGCUUCCGUUUAACAAGGCGUCAUCGACUCUCCACACUCCACAUGUAAACAAACCAACGUGAAACUGUCAAUGCGGACUUGUGCCGUACUCCGCGACUUCAACCAGAUCUAUUUCUAGAUCUAGAUCUACAUCUGUACCAGCUAUCCAAAGGGCACCUUUUCGGAGACUUUGUGUAUUUAAUAAAUUCCACAAUGUCUAUGUCCAGUUUGAAUGCAUCAGAACUGCAGCAAGUGGGGGCAACCCUAACUUCAAAUGCUGAGAAUCUUGGAAAUAGUGCUGACGUGGAAAUGCGCUGGGCAAUGAAGGCUAUGGAACACGCAAAUGUUCACUUCAAUCUUAUUUCUGCUGUAGAUGCUUCUCAACUGAGACUCACAAAGGUGGAUGAUAAAAUCUAUGAACAUUUUCGGGCAGAAUUUCCCGAUUUCAGUCUACAAAAGAUAUCUGAGGAUGAUUUGAAGACCCCUGAGUCAAAAGAGAAAUGGCGAAACUUUUGUGAAUCAUAUAAGGGAGAAGUUGAGGAUUACAAUCAAGGCACUCUGCUGCGGCUGGAUUGUGAAGGAGACUAUACACCAGAGAACACAACUCUCAGUGUCAGAGCCCAGUUCCUGGCAAUAGAAAUUGCAAGAAACAAAGAAGGAUUCAAUACACCCCUCUGUAGAAAAAAGACUGAUGAUAAAUCCUAGCAUUAUUUGAAAUUUUAAUUGUGUGUCAUGUUGUAGAUAUUUUCGGUAAAAGAAAAAACCUUCUAUACUAUGAUGACUCCUUGGGAUAGAACAACUUAAAGAAAAAGGAGUGAGAAGACUGUCAAGCUUCCAAACGUAAUUUUAUUUUAACUGAUUGCCUACUUUUUAGCAGAGGUUUACUUUUUUUUACUUAUUGUGGCAGCAGCUUGCAAAAGCCUCAACAAAUAAAGUAGUGUAAAUCUGAAUUGUGCUAUUAUUAUACUGAAUCUGCUAUUAUACAAUGUAAAUGAUAAGUCAAAACCAUAUUUAAGUAUUUGUCUGGUGUCACAGGAAAUUGAAAAUUAGUGGACAUUGAUUGGCUGUCAUGUUUGUUUCAGAUUGGGUUUUUUGUGUAUUUUGGAGUUGCUUUUUUUUGGGGGGGGGGGGGGGGUUUGUGUGUGCAAAUCUUUCCUUUGUUGCCUUUCCAUUCAAAGUGUAGGGUCUGUGCUGGCGGCACUGGUUGAAAGUUCUAGCUUGGCACGAAUCUUUCGAGAAAAAAUUCUUUUUACUGGGCAUUGGUUUAUUUCAAAAGUGGAAUAGAGGUACAGUUGUAUCAAGAUACAGAAACAUGCUUGUGAUCUGGCUACACCAGGCUCAGAAUAUUUGCAUUAUGCCCCUGUUCUUUUUUAAAUGUUGUAGGCAAGGUUUUCUAUUAUUUUAUUUUUGGAAUGCUGACCCUGUUUUUAUAAUUAAAAUUAUCUAAAGAGAAGGAAGAGAA